AUGGACCAACAGGACCUGAGGGUUUACGUGGAGAGAAAGGACUUCCAGGGCUCAUUGGAAGAACUGGACCUAAGGGUUACUCGGGAGAUCCAGGUCUCCCUGGUCCCCUGUCCUUUCAUAAUGGAAGUAAUGCCAGAGGUGAGACCAAUACACUCUUUGAUUGAGCUAAGUGUGGCUGCUGGUGCUAAAGGUAAGCAAGGUUAUCCAGGAUCACCUGGACUCCCAGGCGAUCCUGGGGACAUGGGCAUGCAUGGACCUCCUGGCCCACCAGGUUUAACGGCACCAGAGGUGCCAGGUCUGCCUGGUCCACAUGGGCCACUUGGUCCAAAGGGCUACAAGGGGGAGCCAGGGAGAUUUAAUGACUUUGAAAUGAAUCCGCUCCCAGGACCUAAGGGAACUAAAGGACUCCCUGGACCUAAAGGUGUUAUAGGCCUUCCUGGUCGUCCAGUUUUAUUCAAUUCUGCAUUCAAAUUACUUUUAAUUUACGUUGGUCAUAUUUGUGAUAAUAAUCCCACAGAUUAUUACUGUGAACCUGGUUACCCUGGUGACCCUGGUGACCCAGGAAACAAAGGAUCUCCUGGAUACAAAGGGCUCAAAGGAAUUAAAGGUUGUCCAGGGGAAUGUGAAUGUAGGUCUGGUGGGGGAAGCUUAGGGUUUCCUGGUCCACCUGGUUAUCCAGGACCCCCAGGGUUACCUGGAGCUCAAGGGCUUAAAGGGGAUCCAGGACUGAAAGGAGAUGUGGGCCCAAGAGGACCACAAGGCUUUUCAGGACUUUCUGGUUUAAAAGGACACAAGGGUCAGAAAGGUGACUCUUAUGUAGUAGGAGGUAAAGGUGCCAAAGGUGACCAAGGUGUGCCUGGGCAUGCUGGUCCUCCUGGAGCAACAGGUAGGCCAGGAUGGGAUGGUCCCCCUGGCCUUCCAGGUGACCCUGGACCACCAGGCACAGGAUAUACAGGAUUACCUGGUCCCAGAGGUCACCCUGGUGUUCCUGGACCCAAAGGGUUUCCAGGGAUUGCAGGCCCCACAGGUCCUAGUUUUCCAGGCCCUAUGGGGCCACUUGGAUCUAAAGGAAAUCAGGGAUAUCCUGGCCCCCCAGGAAUUCCUGGACGGACAGGCCCUCCAGGUGAAAUUGAGGAAUGCUGUCAUGAGGAUGAGAUUGGAUCACCUGGUCCUAAGGGUGAGCCAGGUUCCUCAGGUAAGUCUUAG